AUGGAAGUUCUUUGCGUCUGUGGACAAUGGAGGUCAAAAGAUGCAUUCCAGUGGGAGUUUCAUGUCUAUUUGAACAGGAAUGCAUCUUUCAUUUCCAUAGAAGAAGAUCUUCAAUUUGAAGAUUUGAUGAAGAUUGUAUCUGAAGAUUUUAAAGAGGAAGUGAUUGGUUUGAGUUAUGGGAUGUCGCUUGACAUCAAAAGCACUGUUGAAGGUUUCCCUCCCAUCUCCGUUGCAAACGCUCGCCAUCUCAGAAGCUUUAUUGGGAAGAGUAGAUCAUUUGAUGGAACCUGUCGGUUGUGUGUUAAGGUUAAUGCUGAUUCAGCUAGCUGUAACAAUCAAGCUUCUGAUACAUUUGCUUCGCCUGUUUCUACUGUCCAGAGAGAAAUACAGGUUCAUACUGAUCCAGCAAGCUGUAACAGGAAAACUAGUGAUACAUUUGCUUCUCCUGUUCCUGUUCCAUUGAAUGUCAUUCCAGUGUUUUGUUUUACAGUGCAGAGAGAAAGACAGACUGUUCAGGAUAGGCUUCCUAACCAAGUACUAAUCCUUCCAGAACAUCCUGAUUUUGCAGCGUCUUCUUUUCUUGUCCAUAUUGGACUUUCACCAACAACGAGAGGAGCUGGUGAUAUUAAGGUGAAUAGAUAUUUUAAGACCAAGGGAGAGUUGAUGUUGAGGAUGAAGAAAUGGGCUUUAGAGUGGAAGUUUGAGUACAAGAUUGUCUCUUCUAACAAGUCAAGAGUGUUAUUGAGUUGUGUUGAUGACAAUUGCACGUGGAGGAUGCUUGCUACUAAGCUACCUCUUUCAGACUUUUUCGUUGUUAAAAAGUAUGUUCAUGAGCAUACAUGCGAUACAACACACAGGAAUGCCAACCACAGACAAGCAUCUGCAAAGUUGUUGGGUUCUUUGAUUUGCAGCAAUUAUGGAGAAAAGAAGGAAGGUCUCAAACCGAAACAGAUCAUUGAACAGGUCAGGAUCCUGCAUGGCGUUCACAUCAAUUACAAACAAGCUUGGAGAGUGAAAGAAGAAGCUCAGUUCUUGGUUAGAGGGACUCCUGAAGACAGCUAUUACAAUUUGUCUAGGUGGUUGUACAAAGUCACAGAGACAAACCCUGGUUCGUUAACUUAUCAACAAGUGGAUGCUGCUGGAAAGUUCAAGUAUGCAUUUGUGGCUUUUGGUCCAUCGAUAAGGGGAUUCUCAUUGAUGAGGAAAGUUAUUGCAGUAGAUGGUACAUUUCUGAAGGGAAAAUUCAAUGGGACUUUAUUGGCAGCUUGUGCUCAAGAUGGGGAUUAUCAUCUAUAUCCUCUGGCCUUUGCAGUGGUCGACGCAGAAAAUGGCGCCUCUUGGAAAUGGUUCUUUAGAGGUUUGAGCCAGAUGAUCCCGGACGCUUCGGAUCUUGUUUUUGUAUCAGACAGGGCUAACUCCAUUGCUUCAGCGUUGGAGGAUGUUUAUCCCUUAUCUCACCAUGGAAUCUGCAGGAUCCAUCUGCUCCGCAACAUCACUCCUACAUAUUCGAAGACUGGUCUGCUACCUCUGGUGGAAAGCGCUGCUGAUGCUUACACGUGUCACGAGUUCUGGUUAAUCUUCAAGGACAUAAAGGAUAAAUGUCCUGAAUUGGCCAAGUAUCUGGAAGAUUCGGAUUUUAGGAAGUGGGCACGAUGCUUUGCGCCUGCGAACAGGUACAAUAUCAUGACUACCAACAUUGCAGAGUCUCUCAAUUCUAUGUUGAAGCUGCCUCGUGAGUUGCCACUGAUCUCUCUCCUUGAGACGAUCAGAUUGACACUCACCACUUGGUUUUUUGAGCGACGCGAAGCGGCUGCGAAACAUAAGCACCUGGUUACUCCAAAAGUUGUGCAGAAGUUGGUAUCCAGGUUUGGGGCUGCAAUGGUGCUGAAUGUGUAUCAAGUUGAUCAAAACGAGUUUGAGGUGAAGGAUGAAACUAUGAAGUAUGUUGUUGAUUUGGAGAAACGGCAUUGCACUUGUAAUGUUUUCGACAUUGACAAGAUCCCCUGCAUUCAUGCAAUUGCUGCUGCUAAGUAUAUUAAGAGAGAUGAAAACCGUUACGUCGAUACUUCUCACUUGACAGAAACGUGGGCUAAAGCCUAUGCCGAAAGCAUACACCCUGGUGGAGAGUUGUCAACGUCCACCUAUCCAGCGAAUAUUGACGAACUGUCUUGCCCACCUCCAGCUACCAAAAAGAGAAGUGGACGUCCUCCUACAAAGAGAAAGAGAUCCGUUGGCGAGUUUGGUGUUCCUGGAUCUAAAUCUCAGUCCCACAAGUGCAGCAGAUGUGGCAUAGGAGGACACAACAAGAUCACAUGCAAGAGGCCUAUAGGAUGA